AAAAUCUCUCCUCCUUCCUUCAACUCCAGACACUGCCCGCUCGCCGGGACCGCCGCGCCGCUCCCCGUCGCUUUCCAGAAGGACUGGGAAAGGGGAAAGACGGGUGCCACGUCCGAGGAGCUGCCCUGCCUGUCUAAAGGGUCUGCAGCCCACCGUUGGCACUGCUUUGUGGGUACUGAGAUAACGGCACUCUGCUCGCCUCCCUGUUUAAAGAUUUCUGCCUCCUUCGCGUGAUUUGAGUCCCGUUUUAACUUUUUCUGAGAGCCAAGACCUCCUGUAGAGGAGACAAUCCGGUGAAGAUGCGCUUCGCCUGGACCAUGCUCCUCCUGGGGCCGCUGCAGCUCUGCCCCCUCCUGCGCUGCGCCCCGCAGGCCCCUGGUCAGCAGCAACCACCGCGCGAGCCACCGGCGGCUCCGGGAGCCUGGCGCCAGAGGAUCCAAUGGGAGAACAACGGGCAGGUGUUCAGCUUGCUGAGUCUGGGCUCACAGUACCAGCCGCAGCGCCGCCGGGGCCCCAGCGCCGCCGCCGCUGGAACAGACGGUGCCGCCGCACCGCAGCCGCGCACGCCGAUCCUGCUGCUCCGGGACAAUCGCACGGCCGCAGCACGGGCGCGAACCGCCAGCUCGUCAGGGGUCGCCACAGGUCGCCCCAGGCCCGACGCCCGCCACUGGUUUCAAGCCGGCUACUCAUCUUCUGGGACCCGCGACGCUGGCGCCUCGCGCGCAGGUAACCGGACGGAGCCAGAACAGCUCCCGGAGCUCAGUAACCUGCGGCCGCCCAGCCACGUGGACCGCAUGGUGGGCGACGACCCGUACAACCCCUACAAGUAUUCUGACGACAACCCUUACUACAACUACUACGAUACGUAUGAGAGGCCCCGGCCUGGGAGCAGGUAUCGACCAGGAUACGGCACCGGCUAUUUUCAGUACGGUCUCCCGGACCUGGUGCCCGACCCUUACUACAUCCAAGCAUCCACAUACGUGCAGAAGAUGGCUAUGUACAACCUGAGAUGCGCUGCGGAAGAAAACUGUCUGGCCAGUUCAGCCUACAGAGCAGAUGUAAGAGAUUAUGAUCACAGGGUGCUGCUAAGAUUUCCCCAAAGAGUAAAAAACCAAGGAACAUCUGAUUUCUUACCAAGUCGUCCAAGAUAUUCCUGGGAAUGGCACAGUUGUCACCAACAUUACCACAGCAUGGACGAAUUCAGUCACUAUGAUCUGCUUGAUGCCAACACUCAGAGGAGAGUGGCUGAAGGUCACAAAGCAAGUUUCUGUCUUGAGGACACAUCCUGUGACUAUGGCUACCACAGACGCUUUGCAUGUACAGCACACACACAGGGGUUGAGUCCUGGCUGCUAUGAUACCUAUGCUGCAGACAUUGACUGCCAGUGGAUUGACAUUACAGAUGUACAACCUGGAAACUACAUUCUAAAGGUCAGUGUCAACCCCAGCUACCUGGUGCCUGAAUCAGACUAUACCAACAAUGUUGUGCGCUGUGACAUUCGCUACACAGGACAUCAUGCUUAUGCCUCAGGCUGUACGAUUUCACCGUAUUAGAAAGCAAGCUCAACUCCCAAUGGAUAAAUCAGUGCCUGGUGUUCUGAAGUGGGAAAAAAUAGAUUAGCUUCAGUAGGGUCUACAUAUUUUGAAAAAAAAGAGAACAGAAAACAAAAAAAGGAAUUUUUGUUUGGACUGUUUUACAACAAAACAAAUAACUGGAUUUGAACAUUUAAGUUGGAAUUAUUUAGAAAGAUUUAAAAUACUUCUUCACAGUACUUGUGAGUUAACACAAUGUUUCAAUUCCAUAGUUGCACAAUUGGCUCUUUCAAAGAAAUACAAAUGUCUUAUGUUCCUUUUGAAAUUCUGAUACAAAAGGGAAAAUAAUAUUUUGAAGAAUGAGCCAAAAUUGCUUUGAACUGA